UGAAGAUGAAUUGGCCACGACCGAGGUGUCAUCCGAAGAGCUUAUCUCUGGUCUUGUCAAGGCCGUUGCAAGAAAUGGGAAAGACAACAAAGUAGAUGACUUUAGUACUGAUUCUAAAGACUUUGAUGCUGAACACUUGAGGUUGAGCAGUAAAACUACCUUUUCAGAACGUGCUAAGAGAUGGGCGUCAUCAAUUUUCGGUACGUCGCGAGCAGAAGACGAGCCGGCUUCCAAAAGACUGAGAACAGCAGGAGGCGAUGCGAACACUGAUUUUUCCAACAGACAUUCAUCAGGAUCUCGCACCAGACUCAAAAUGAAACGAAAGAACGCAAAGACUGCAGCAGCGAAUUGGGAAACUGUCUUGAAAUUGUGGACUAAACUUUGUGAGAAGUCGUUUCAGAGUACUCGCGGAAUGGCUAGUAGUGACGAGACAGACAGCCAC